AUGAUGAAGAUGAUGGUGGUCGUCCUCCAGUUUGAAUACGAUUUUUUCGAAGGUGGGCUAGCCUUCAGCAUCCAGGUUGCUUAUCACAGGGAAUCACAGAUCCUUAGGGAAAGACAGACACCAGAGGGAAUGCUGAUCUACAGGGACAACUUUGAGGCCCAGACCCUGGAACUGAAGACACAUCAUAAACCUUUCCUAACCAGCACCCUGCAUGAAUUCGAUAAACCAUGGAGAACAUUUGAUUGGAGGCAAAAGAGAACGCUGAAAGAAAAACUAGAGAAAUUCUCUGUGAAUAAUCCAGAUGUAAAAAACGUCAGGAUCCUGCUAGCUGGACAAAUUGGAGCAGGAAAGUCCAGCUUCAUAAACUCGAUCAACAGCGCCUUUCAAGGAGAGAUUAUUAAUGAAGCGCUUGCUGGUUCAGCUGCUGGUGCGAGUUACAGUUUCACCAAAAAACUCAACACGUAUGAAAUCAGAAAUGAACGUGGAGAUGUGUUGCCGUUUGUCAUCGGUGACACAAUGGGCUUAGAAGCUGAAACGUUGUCUGGGUUACAAGUAGAUGACAUCAUCAGCACCAUACUUGGCCAUGUGAUGGAGGACUAUAAAUUCAAAGAAGGCAAAGCAAUCACUUUUGAAGAUGAAUAUUACAACCAAAACCCUUCGGCCUCUGACCAGACUUUCUGCCUGGUUUACGUCAUAGCUGCAGAAUCAGUCAAUUUAAUACAUCCACUACUUUUUGAGAAGUUGAAGAUUGUGCGUGAGAGAAUCAGUGAAAAGGGGAUUCCUCAAGUGAUUGUCAUGACCAAAGUUGAUGAAGCAUGUCCACUGGUGAAGAAUGAUCUGAAGAAAAUCUACACUAGCAAGAAGAUUAAAAAGCUGAUGGAGAAAUGCAGUAUUGAAGUGGGUGUACCGAUGAGCAACAUCUUCCCAGUGAAGAACUACCAUGAGGAGAUUGACACAAAUGAUGAAAUUGAUGUUCUGAUUUUAAAGGCAGUUGAUCAGAUUGUGCGUUCAGCUAAUGGAAAAGUAGGAAAAGGUGCUUUAAUCUGAUGGGAAAUUGAUACAU